AUGCCCACCAUGUGUAACACAUGUCUCUUGGCCCCCUCCCCGCUGGGCGUCUCCCCGGUGGGUGUCUCGUCUCGCCUUGUCUGUCUGGACGCAGGGCCCGACAUUGUCGACGGGGGGUCGACGGGGGUGCGCGACGUGUGGGACCUCUCUCCCUGGUGGCUCGAGCGGACGAUGCCCGGAGACUUUUCUUUCUUCCUCAUGCGCAGGCUGGGCGUUGGAAAAUGACGGCUUGUUAGGGCAUGAUCGACCCGUCGGGCAGAUGCAUAUCAACAUGACGGCGCGAGCUGUAGGCACAUUACAAGGCCGGCAAAGCAGGUUUGCCGCUUGCAUAAAUCGAGGCGCGUCUUCUCAUGUCAUUGAUGAGGCGGCCGCAACUCUCUCUGUCUGCGUCGCUGAUGGUCAACAAAAGGUUUGGACAGCCGGCUGGGCGACUUAGCAUGUGGGGGGGCCUACGCACGACGCUAACAGGGUGUGCCCUGGC